CCACUUCUCUCUCCCUCUCUCUGUCUAAUCUUAAUUCCCAAUAUUUAUACUCUCCUUUACUCUCUCCGCCACCCUCUCUCCCUCUCUCUCUAUCAAUCUUUUCGGCCCAUCUCUCUCUCCAUUCAUCUCUUUUGAUUCCUUUUUCUCCCCUGUUUCCCCUUUUCUCUGCAGCGAUGAUGGUGGAGGACGAAUGGCUUACGGCCGCCAUGGCCGAGGACAGCGUGGUGGCUGACUUAUUGGUGCGGUUGAAGCAGUCGCAGGCUGCGUCGCCUUCCAAAUCUCCUCGUCCCAUGAAGCUGCCGUUUAAUUGGGGGGUUAGGCAACCAAGGUCCAGGACGGCGGCAGCCAUGGCUGCGGUGGUUUUGAGAUGUGGCGAUGUUGUCUUGGAGAGGAAUAACAAGGAUGUUGACUCCACCAGAUGUAGUCCUACGACGCCGCUUUCCUGGAGCGGCGGUGCUUCUCCUUCCGCUACGCUUGAUGGUUAUGAGGCGUCUAGCCGUCACGCUACUCUCUUGCACGUUGCUUCCAGAUUUAAGGGUGCUGUUGCUAAUGAGUCGCCGGCGGGUACCACUACCAAGAGAUUGAGACGAAAGAAGACAUUUGCUGAGCUUAAGGAAGAGGAAAACACGCUUUUGAAGGAGAAACUUCAUCUAAAAAUGGAACUGGCCACUCUACAGGCAAGCUUCGAAGAACAAAGAUCCAAGAAUGAGAGUUUGAAGAAAAUGAAGGUUGAUUUCAACUUGAAAUACCCAGAGAAAUUCAGUACAAACUCCAAUAUGAUGCAUGAGGAAUCUUCAUCUACACUUACCCAUCAAAGGGAAAGCUCUAAUAACAUUGAAACAAGCCCUCCUACAAUACCAUUCACUGGAUCAGGUUCUUCCGAGGCUCAAUCACAAAAGAAGAGCAAAUCAACCGAAGAAGACUCUGUCUUUUUACUACCAGAUUUGAAUAUGGCACCCUCAGAGGAUUAUUGACUAAGGUGAAAAUACAUUGACUCUCUCUUUCUCUCUCUCUAAUAUGAUAUUGUUAAAGGAUUAUGUGGGAUUAAACCUGGUAGUCACUGGUAAGGCCAUCAGCCCUAUGACCCUACAACUUGUGGUGAUGGCAAAGAAAGUUUGCCGUCUUGUAGUGUAGGCCCAACCAACCAGACUUUUAUUAGCUCUUCAGCCUGUAAUCCUGUGGGUAAAACCAAUUGUUGAAUCCCUCUAGAAUGGUGUAGGGUUUGAUUCAUUCGUUGUAGCGUUUAUUAUAAUAGGUACAUAAUCAAUGAAUUUGUUUGUCAUCAUGACUUUCAUCUUAAUAUUUCUUUUUUACUGCGCCUUC